UCGGCAAGGCGGGAGCCGAGGCGGCGGCGGCGGCGGCGGCGGCGGCGGCGGCGGCGGCGGCGAUGGGACCCCUGCGAGAGAUCUGCGGCUAGCCGGCUGCACUUGCUCCACGGGUCGGGGGAUCGGAGGGGGCAGAUUUGAAGGAUGAUGUGCCAUUGAAAAGAAAGGUCAAAGGCUAAACAAGGAGAAGAGAAAGAGGAAGACUUCAAAGAUGCGAAGGAUGAGUUCUUGCAGCAACAUCUGUCGGUCCAAGCAGGCACAGGCUGCUACUGAGGGUAACUACCAGCGCUAUGGAGUCCGGUCCUACCUGCACCAGUUUUAUGAGGACUGUACCACCUCAAUCUGGGAGUAUGAGGAUGAUUUCCAGAUCCAGAGAUCCCCUAAUAGGUGGAGCUCAGUAUUCUGGAAGGUCGGACUCAUCUCGGGCACAGUCUUUGUGAUUCUUGGACUGACUGUUCUGGCAGUGGGCUUUCUGGUGCCCCCCAAAAUCGAAGCCUUCGGGGAAGCCGACUUUGUGGUGGUGGACACGCAGGCCGUGCAGUUUAACGGCGCCCUGGACGCGUGCAAGCUGGCCGGGGCGGUUCUCUUCUGCCUGGGGGGCACGUCCAUGGCAGGGUGUCUUCUGAUGUCCGUGUUCGUGAAGAGCUACUCCCAGGAAGAGAAGCUCUUCCAGCAGAAGUUUAAGGAGCGGAUCGCCGACAUCAGGCCUCCCGCCCAGCCCAUCACCAAAGCUCCGGGCCCCGGGGAGACAAAGAUUCCGGUCACUCUGUCCAGGGUUCAGAAUGUCCAGCCCGUGUCGGCCACCUGAAGCGCUGCCCCCCCAGGCCCCGCUCCGGGAUCCCAGCGCUCACGUGGAGCGGGGCGCGCGCUGAGAUGAGGGCCAGGGCGUGGGCUGGCCGGGCCGGGGCUCGGGGCUCGGGGCUCGGGGUCGGCGGCGGGCGCGG